AUGGGGGAUGAAACGAAAACGUCCUAUGAAAAGCCGUUCAAGACCAUGCGUUUGGAUCAUACUUCUUUAGCCUUCGCGAUACUCUUGGUACUAACAGGCAUUGUGAAAACAAGUCUCGCUGAAAACAAGGUCAUGCGCGAACAAAGAGCCGUACAACAACAAAUGGACACUAAUGAUACUAAUAUGAAAGAUAUGAUGAAGCGAUUGAAAAUGUUAGAAAUGUGGUAAAUUAUAAUCUGAUGCAAGAGAUUUGUAUUGCUUUACUUUCCGGAAGCUUAAGCAUCCCUUUUAAGUUAAGAAUGGAAGAAUUAAUUCUAGAUACAUGAUCAAUAUCUACACAGAAAUCAGAGUAUUAACAUGUCAUUAAUUUUGCAUUGGCUUCUGGCUUAGAAGUUCAAGCUAGUGUACUGAGAAAAUUGAGACAUUUUCCAACAAAAUCUCAACAAAUAUAAAAACAAAAAGACAAGUAGUUAAGCUACAAAUUUUCUUGACAAUUUGGAAGAAUUUAUAAAUUUGGGGUGCGAUGACAUCUGAAAUGUUCAUAUCGAAGGAAUUAAUCAGUAAAGUGUUUAGUCUAACUGACAAAGCUUUAUCACAUCUUUUUUGCGUUUGAUUUCGUCAGAUUAUUCAAGUGUUAAAAAAAAUAUUUCACUUGUUCGCGCCGUGCCGAAAAAUGCAGUUCCUUGUUACGAGGUCAGCAGUAAAUUUGGGGAGUUAUCACUAUCUAUCAUCGGGUGAAGUAGGGAAAACAGGAAAUAAGAAAAUAUUGUUGAAUGGGUAGAGGGACUGUGUCAAAAGUGUUGGUUAACAUUAAUUUCUGGACACUAUGCACUGCAAACCGGUAGGUCUGGUAAUUACCAGGAGUAUAGUAUCCGAAGAACUCGGUAUGACCAUACGGUUUAAGAUUAAGUCAAAGUAUGACAAGAAACCAAUUUAAUUGUACAUAAAUUUUUGUUAUACAAAGCUGUAUUUGAUAAGCACUAAAUCCUUCACGGUUAUUAGAACGAGGGAAAGGGAUCCCAUUCUGUAAUUGGUUUGUCUGAGGAGAAUAUCUUGUCGUGGCUUGACUGUCAAAGCUCAAAACUAAAAUUUUUGUAAUUCUCUGCCUUCUUUUGUGUACUGUCAUAUGGUAUAUAGUCAAUAGGGGUUGUCUGUAUUUAGUAGUUCGUUGAUUCGUCGAGCAGAAACAGUUGAAAUUGACGACAGUGGUAGAAUUAGGACCAAAAACCAUCAUGGCACAAAAAAGCUUGAAAUUCAACAGUUAAAGCGUCUUUAUUACCUCCUCAGAAUGCUACAAACUGGAUUCCUCAGCAAAUACAUGAGCGGGACUUGUACCCCGCUCCCCUUCAAGACUUAUAAUAGUUAACAAAAGUCAGUUAAUUCCGCUUAAAUUUUCAGGUCGAGAUGGUAGAGAUGGAUUACCCGGACCUCCUGAUCCACCUGGGAAACCAGGCCCUGCCGGUUAGUUUACUUUGCAAUUGAUUGAACGUCAAACUUUGCCAUUUGUGAAAUGAUUAUAACAAAGUGUGCUCAGCCUCAUUAGAUAACAAAACAUUGUGACCUCAAAGCCGUCUGUGUCGUGAUAAAAUAAGUAUGAAAAGAAAAAAAUAAAUUCAACAAGAGGGUCUUAAUGGAGUUAACCGAUAGGCGUAAAACGGCAAAAAAUUUAGUCGAUAGCCGUAAAAAUUGAAAAAUUCUAACCGUUAGCCGUAAAUAGGGUAAAAAAAAGUUAACCGUAAAAGAAAUUGUUCCCUAGAUUUGCUACUUUUAAGGAAGGUAAUAAACUCACUCAUGGUUGCGUUUUUUAUUUCGCGGCUAGUUUGGCUCCGUACGCACGUUAGGUAAUGCGCCUUUUAGGUGAAGACCAAGACCCAUUUCCAUUUCGGCCGCUCUCUCGGGGAACUUAUUUUUUUUUCUAUAACGAAAGUGUGGCUUCUUGCUGGGGAUUAAUAUUUGCGAUUGUCAGGAGGUCGUGCCCUUGAAGCACUAGUGAAACAACACGAAGAGAUCUCACUGUUUGUAAAACACGUUGCCGAUAAACAACAUUUCCCUGUUUUUCUCUGACGCUACAGUAGACAUUGCUAUGCCUAGUCCCUGUACGGCGUCUUCCCACGCAAUUUCGGUCAAGGCAUUUCGGUGGCGAACUCGCUCAGACCACGUGACCCGAAACGCGUUAGCCGCGCGAAAUAAUAAGGCCUACGAACAAGGCAAAACGGCUGACAAUCGUUCCGAACAGUCCUUCGCUACCAUUAAAAACACUGGACACGGGAAUUUUGUUAUUGGCCGUUUUCACACUAGAGCUAGAAACGGAUUAUCUGUCUGAGACUAGCCUGUGUACAGUCGCCCCCUUCCCGACAGACACCCCCUCUCCGAUUUUUUUUCUGAGGGGAAGGGGGCGGUUGUUGUACACAAGUUAUCUGGAACGGAUAAUCCCGUCUUCAAACUGUCCGUCGAAGUUGAAGGAUAAAGUCAGGCGGAUUGUUCAUGCAAAAUUAAAACUAUUCCAUUUUCAAAUUAAGACGUAUUACCUAUCUGACGCGAAUCAUCAAACGGAUAACCCGUCUCCAGCGUCUCACACGAAUAAUCCGUCUUUAGUGUGAAAACGGCCAUUUCUGUUCUAAUGAAUGUCGCGCCCCGGCCUUGAGUAAGGCGUUCGCGUGUGUGCUUUGCUUUUUCACAAAGAUUACUUUUAAAUUGACUAUUGACAUUUUUAUGUGUAAAAUAAUAUUAGAAGUGGAUACUUUAUAAAAAGUAUGAUAUAUCAAAUGUUAAAAUUUUUCAAAAGAAUAGCUUAUUUCAUAUCCCGAGAUGAUCCUAAGACCUUUAUUUUGCUUUAAAGGUACAAAAAAUGCAGGCUAAUUAAUAUUUAACUUUUUGAAACAAAAGAAGUUAAUUUUUAACUUUUUUGUUAACCGUAAAUGAAAAAAAUUAGCCGAUAGCCGUAAAAGAGCCAAAAUUUUAGCCGAUAACCGUCAAUGCCACCACCCCAUUGAGACCCUCCAACAACAAUAACCAUAACAAGAUAUAUUUGUUCUAGACAUCAUAAAUAAGUUACAAAUAUAGAUAAAUAAUACAGCAUCUGGGAACCUAAAGUAACUCAAACUAAACAAAUCUGGGGACAACAAAUUAGCAAACAUGACAAUCAGAGGAGGCUUUAACGAAAAGUAUCUCAAUUAUAAAUAUAGAGACUUUAGGGUAGAGACCACAGGAAAAAAGAAAUCAUACUUGAAUUAGCCCCUGCGGAUGCUGUUUCUUUACCUUUUACCUCCUUCUUAAUACUGAGUUCAAGAUGAUAGUUAUGCUUAUUUCAAUGCUAAAGA